AUGGCCAAACAGACGAGGAACAAGGGUUUAGGAGGCGCCAAGUCGAGAGGGCAAGGGAAGGCGUUCAAUCCUGGCAAUGCCAGUACUAAUCCCGACAGGAAAACCGCGAGUAACUCUCCGGGCUUUAUGCGCUCCAAGAAUACGAUCAAGCGACUCAACAUGUACAGUCAGAAGCUGAAGAAGGCUGAUUUGAACAAACGUAAAAUCCAGCCAACUGGGCCGGCUCGGAUCGCCCCUGAUCGUCGAUGGUUCGGCAACACACGCGUUUUGAGUCAGCAAAAGUUGCAGAAGUUCAGAGAGGAAAUCGGCCAGAGCGUGAAUGACCCUUUCCAGGUAUUCCUUGCGUGA